UUGCAAAACAGUCGGGUUGCAAGGCGUGCGAGUGAGACAGGGAGCGGCGUGUAGUCCGGUACGGUGCCUUCUUUCCCGGGGGAAAACGUGCGUAAAUGUUUCGGCGUUUUUGUUUUGAUUCUUAUCACGCCACGAAGCAGACGGCAAAGCAUGCGAGGCAAUGAAAAAUAAAGUAAAAACAAAAUGGAAAUUCGAGCGGGAGAGACAAAUGCGCGCGCAUUCGUUUGCUCUCUUGGUUGGCUCGGCUCUCUCUCUCUCUCUCGCUGUCUGUGGCCACCGGUUUUUCUGCUUUGUGCGAGCUUUCGUUGAUUUUGGAGCGAAGCCCCAACGCAUUUGGCGACGCCAACCUGCUUACAGUUUUAGUUGGGAGCUUGCACUGUUCGGACGUUGAAAAGCCCACAAGCCACGCCCCCACCGACCAGGCACUGGCAAAACACGCGACAGGCAGCGCAACAAUUGCAAAAUUACUGUAAAAACCCCGAGCAUCAUUCACAAUAAGUUCUUGGGUGUUGAUAAUAUCCCACACUGCGUUCCGUGUUCCGAUACGAUCUAGCCGAAUUCCAUUACAUUCCCUUACGUUACGUUACGCGAUCUGUGCGCGAGCCGCGCGUUUUUUGUCGCUCGCUAAACGCGUCGAUCGUUAAAAAUUCAUUAGAGCUUAUUAAUCGCUCGUAGCUAUAGAAAUAAUCGCAAUCAUUAUAAAUUAUUGAUACUUGCGAGUGCCCCCGAGCCCAACAAGUGUGUGAAUUUUUUACCUCUCGCCUCUGUGAGUGUGUGCGUGUGUGUUCCGGUGUGUACAUCCGAUCGCCAAUCGCCGACUACCGACCGCUGACCACUGACCGCCGGUAAAUGUCCACGGAAAAGGAAACGAAACGGAUCUGAUGCAGACGUAGGCCGCAACGCUCCGCACGCCCGCCGUUGGACCCCCCGCCGCCGUACGCAUACAAUGUCACGACGCAAACAAUCAAACCCGAAGCCGUUGAAUAAAGGUGAUUGUUCCGAUACCACAGAAGAGAUGACCGUUGACAGCAGAGAUUCCAAAGAUUUAACCGCUCAGGAACUGGGCGAAGAGAAGCAGCAACAGCAGCAGCACGAGCAGGAGGAGCAGGAGCAGGACGAACCCAUGGAUCUGCAGGAAAACAACAACAACAGCGAUGGGGAGGCAGACACAGAGGACUCCCUCUCCGUAGCAUUACCAGAAGAGACGCAGGCAGAGCUGGGGGCAACAGAAAUGGAGCACAGCCGGGAGGAACAGCAGGAGGCUACGCCCCACAGCAGUGCCAGCACGCCGCCACGCAGUCCCACGCCGCCAGCUGGCAACCUGGUGCCCAAGCUGGAGCAGCCCGCAACACCACCCUCCGAGUCGCCAUCACCGAGUCCUUCGCCCACGCCCACGCCGAGGCUGCCAAAGCUGCGACUCAAUGCGCUGCUCGCCUCGGAUCCCGCGCUGAAGCCCGAUGCCAAGGAGCUGCACCUGUCGGACAAGCGAUUGCUGGCACCGCCGCAGCAGAUCAAACCAGAGCCACAACCGCAGCCGCAGUCCAGCCUGCAGCCCGAUCUCGUGGAGCCGCUGCUGAAGCCCGCGCGUUUCAUGUGCCUGCCCUGCGGCAUUGCCUUCAGCUCGCCCUCCACGCUGGAGGCGCAUCAGGCCUACUAUUGCUCGCAUCGCAACAAGGACGCGGAGGAGGCGGAUGGCGCAGGUGCAGACAAAGCUGGGGGUGCGGACAAGUCCACAGCGGGUGGAGGCGCUGGCGGUGGCAGCAGCGGCUCGGAGCCACCAGCCAAGGUGGCGCGCAUCGGCAAGCAGUACGCGUGCACCCAAUGCUCCUACAGUGCGGACAAGAAGGUGUCCCUCAACCGGCACAUGCGCAUGCAUCAGACCUCGCCGGCGCCCAGUCUCGGGAGUCUGGGAUCGCUGGGCAGUCUGCCCAGUCUCACGGCAAAUGGUGUGCCAGGCGCGGCAGGCGGCAGCGGUGGAGGCGGCAGCAGCAGCAGCGCCCUCGAGGAGGGUUCUAGUCAACAGCAAACGGACCGCUACUGCAGCGACUGUGAUAUACGCUUCAACAACAUCAAGACCUACCGCGCCCACAAGCAGCACUACUGCAGCUCCCGACGCUCCGACGGCCGUUCGACGCCCAAAGGUGGCGCAGCAGCAGCAGCCGAGGGUGCAACAGUCGCCGCUCGGGAGUCGGGCGGAGCGGGCUCUGCGGGCAGUGCCUCCGCGGCAGCUGCGGCAACCGGCAAACUCAGCCCUCAGACGCGUAAUAAGACACCCACGCCAGCCAUGGUGGCGGCAGCAGCGGCGGCGGCAGCAGCAGCAGCGGCAGCUGCCACAUUGCAGGCGCCCACGUCCCAACCCUUUCUGGCGCUGCCCACGCAUCCGAUCAUCAUUGUGCCGUGCAGCUUGAUACGAGCAGCGAGCAUUAUUCCAGGACCACUCCCCACACCCUCCUCGGGCAUUGUGAACCUCGAGUCCACCUGCUUCACCGUGGACAAUGGCGCCAUCAAGCCGCUGGCCACCGCUUUGAUUAGCAAUGCGCUGGCCGGGAACAUGAAUCACUUUGUCAAUUCGCUGCACAUGGCCGCGCUGGAGCCAGAACGUCCCACAGCAGGCGCCGAGGGAGCAGGGAACCCGGAGCCCAAGAGCAGCAGUCCAGCGGAGCCCAAGCGCAAGGAAGCAGGCGGCAGUCGUGAAUCUGCGCCACUCGAUCUCUCGUUUCGUCGCUCGCCCAUUUCCCUCUUGCAGCAUCGCCAGCGGCACAUACGCUCCGCUGCUGCUGCUGCGGCCGCCGCGCUGCUGGACGUCGAGGAAGUGCUGCUGGGCGCGGGCAAGGAGAACGUGGAGUCUGCCCUCAGUCGAGCUGGCGGCAGUGUGACGCCCGAGCAGAUCGUGUGUGCGCCCUCGCUGCCCAGCAGCCCCUCGAUGAGUCCCUCGCCCAAGCGACGUGCCAGUCCGCGAAGCUCUGGAGCGGGCAGUGCCUCCUCCAUGUCGCCGCCUGGCCUGAAUCCACAUCUGCUGGACAUACGCUCCAUGCUGCCAGCGGACUUUGGGCUGUCCGAGUCGCUGCUGGCCAAGACCAAUCCGGAGUUGGCGCUCAAGCUGGCGGCAGCCGCGGCGGCAGCUGUUGCGGCGGGUGGGAGUGCCGCGUCCUCGGUGGCUGCAGCGCCCUCCAAUGUAGGAAACCAGCAGCAGCAACAGCAGCAGCCGCAGAUCUACGUGAAGCAGGGCGUGUCCAAGUGCAAGGAGUGCAACAUUGUCUUCUGCAAAUACGAGAAUUAUUUGGCCCACAAGCAGCACUACUGCUCGGCGCGCAACCAAGAGCCAAGCGGCGAUGGCGGCGACUCCAAGUCCGCCGUUUCGCCCUCGAAUGCCGCAGCGGGCAACAAUGUUGGCGCCUCCUCGGUGGAGACCACGCCCGUGGCCUAUCAGCAACUCAUUUGCGCCGCCUGCGGCAUCAAGUACACCUCGCUGGACAAUCUGCGCGCACAUCAGAACUACUACUGCCCCAAGGGUGGUGCCACGGCGGCCACAGCGCUCUCGGAGGCCACCAAGGAGAAGUGCGGCAAGUGCAAGACGCUGCACGAGCACGGACAUCCCUGCCCGGCGCCACCUGCGGCCACGCCGCUGACAGCGCCCGCCAGCCUGCAGUCGGGCGUCUCCUCGGGCCUCAACAGCGUCAACAAGUGUCCCGUGUGCGGCGUGGUGAGUCCCACAGCGGCACUGGCACGCAAGCACAUGGAGAUGCAUGGCACGGUGAAGGCGUUCCGCUGCAGCAUUUGCCAGUACAAGGGGAACACGCUGCGCGGCAUGCGCACCCACAUCAGGACGCACUUCGACAAGAAGACGAGCGACGUCAACGAGGAGCACUACAUGACGUGCAUCUUCGAGGAGGAUAACUCGGGCCAUGCCGCUGCUGUGUCGCAGGAGCUGCCAGCAGCGGCAGUCGUGACCGUGCCGCAGCAGGAGCCACCCAUGGAGCAUCCGCCGCAGCUGUUUAACUGCGAUUAUUGCAAUUAUGCCUCGACCUACAAGGGCAAUGUGCUGCGUCACAUGAAGCUGCUGCAUCCGCAUGUGGCCAUCAAUUCUCCCUCAAUAUCCCCCGAGACACGUGAACAGGAGACGCCGCUGCUGCCCAGCGUCACGCCGAAUGCGCACGAAGCAUCCAAUGGCGAGGCCAUCAGCUUCCACAUCAAAUCAGAGCCUGGACUGGACAUUCCACCGACGCUGCACGAGAACAACAACUCUCCCAUUGGCACACCCUUGCCGCACAUCAAGGCCGAGCCGCUGGACAUUGACGGCAUGUCGCCCACCCCGCUGGCGCUGCCACUGCCGCCGCCUGUGGCCUCACCGCUGGCAGCCGCUGCCGCCGAGGCCAUGAAGAAGUACUGCUCCGUGUGCGACAUAUCCUUCAACUAUGUGAAGACCUUUUUGGCCCACAAGCAGUUCUACUGCAAGAGCAAGCCAGCAAGGCCCGAGGUGAACGACAGUCCCAGCCCCAAUGCCAAUCACCUGGCGGGAGUGGGAGUGGGUGUCGGCAUGGGCAUGGUGAGUGGCCAGCCGCUGCAAUCGCCCAGCGAACUGAUGCUGAUGCAAAAGAACAAGGAGAACCUGCAGGAGGCGGCCAUUUGAGAGAGCCAGCAGCGGCAGAUGUGGGAGGCGCAGCGCAAGCAGCUGGAAUGGUAUUACAAGUGCUUCUAGGCAGCAUUCAAACCGAAAAACCGAAUCGAAAUCGAAUCCUCUAACUCUACAAUGUAUAAUCCAUAAACGUAAACCCGUAAAACCCCGCAAAACCGACAGCAUCGAUGACAGUAUUCCUGGCGAAUCUCACUGUCGCUGCAGAACGCUCCACUUCCACGUCAGAACUGACUCCGAUCGUUAGAAAUAGUUAUAAAUAAAACAUACAACAUAAAUAUACACACAAAUACAUACACAGAUAUAUAUAUAUAUAAAUGAAUAUAUAGACAUUUAGGUACAUAAACAUACGCAUACCCCACACCCCAUAGCAUUACCCAUUAAGUGGGUAAAUCAUGACAUAUAAUGCAUGCCAAAGCUUACCACUUAGAGAGAAACUAUAUAAACAAAUAUUGAGUGCAAGAAACUACAAGUUUUCGCUAGAGAACCGAUGAUGAUGAUGACGAUGGUGCGAGGAAUGAGCAUAAUCCUAUAUAGAUUCAAUAUUCUAUUGUAUGUAAAUGCUAUGUAGAAGCGAGCAAUUCAAACUGUGUAAUUUAACUGAAGAAUACAUUAUUUAUUAAGUGUGUGCGACAAUAAAAGUAAUUAAUUUAUUCAAAAUAAGACAAC